AAGUAGAAAAAUGAGCGUCGCCCAAUAGAGAGAGAGAGAGAGAGAAAGAAGAGGUCUAGGCAAACGUGAAACGACCACCUCCGCACUCUCUUUCACCACCAUGCGUAUCGCUUUCGCCCCCACCUCCUCCAAUCCUCUCCCUCCGGUUCGUGCAGUUACUUCCCCGCCGUCCAGUAUCAUCCACAAUGCUCUUACGUCCUAUUCACCUUCCUCUUCGAGAUUCAGUUUCCGCAACAAGGUUUGUUUGCGUAGCCGGAGGAAUCCACCGCCGCCGUCGUCUGUAACUCCGAUUAAGUGCGCCGGCGCAGUGCGGGAGGUCGACGAAAACCUAUUCCCCAGCGUCGUUUUGAAGUCCGAAAUCCCCGUCCUCGUCGAGUUCGUCGCCACGUGGUGCGGCCCCUGCCGUUUAAUCGCUCCUGCGAUUCAAUCACUCGCUCAGGAGUACGAAGAGAAACUAACGGUUGUGAAAGUCGAUCACGAUUCGAACCCGAGGCUGAUCGAGAAAUACAAGGUAUACGGAUUGCCGAUGCUGAUUCUCUUCCAAAACGGGCAGGAAGUUCCAGGGAGCAGAAGGGAGGGUGCGAUAACCAAAGUUAAACUCAAAGAGUACGUAGACAAACUUCUCGAGUCCCUUUCAACUGUUUAAACAUGAGAAAUAUUUCCCGAAGAAAAAAAAAUCGAUCUUUUUCUAUACCUUAUUGCAGUUGAGAUCCUCUCGUCUUUAAAUUAGAUUCGGUUAUUUGUUCAUGUUGUAUAUUACCUGAGUUGUCGAUAGGUCCAAAGUCUGUAACUGCAAUAUUUGAUUGUAGUUGCCACUAUUGCAGCUUUAUAAUAAUAAUGUUUAUUGUAUUUGAACAUCACACAGAAGCUAUCUAUGGAAGAAUCAGUUUUCGCA